CUUGAUUUCACUUGAACAUUUGUCAAGUUAACUCCUACAUGCUGACGUGACAUACUAUUAGUGGGAAAACAUGUAUUGUCCAGUUGUUAAAUGUUCGCAGAAAUAAGAUUGUUUCUUCCUUGUCGGAUAGUAUUUAAGUAGCAAUGCUCUUUCCAGAACACUAUUGUGACAAGACUGCAAAAGAUAUCAACAAUGAUUCGUUUAGUGAUGAUUUUGAUGAAUGCUGUAUUUCUUUGUGUUGUCACAGCGGAUAUGGAUAUGAAAUUUGGCUAUCACGUUGUUGAGGGGAAUGCCAGAUAUUUGGAAAACAUAGAAACCAACCUAGCAGAGAAUACGGUAAAAAUUCACACCCCAGCACACAAUGAUGUUAUGGAAUCGUACCAAAUCCAAGAUUUUCGUCAGGGUAUGCAGAUGAAAUGUCUUCCUUCCGUCGAGCAGUGUAGACUACGGGACAUAGACAGAAAAACUGCAGGAGAUGCCGGUCAAGUUACAGAGGGAUUUAUCCACAGCUGGAACAAAGGAGAUAAUACUAUAAAUAGUGACAACGAGAAAGUCGUGAAGGAAAUGUAUUAUAUCAAUUUAGAUCAGGUAGUGGAUGUCAAAUCACUUGAAGGGGCAUUGAAAAAGUUUUAUCAGGAUUUUAAUUACCCUGUGUAUAAGGAAAAGAAGAUACCAGACGAUGCUGAAAUGUUGAAUAUAACACGUUCGACAGGUUACAAAAACAAAGGUGGUCGUGUUAAAAGGCAAUUCACGACGCUAAAUAACGAUUGCAAACAACAGCAAGCAAAGACAAUUUUUGGUAUUGAUUCAGGGAGAAGUUGCAAUCAUCUAAAAAUGUGUGAAACGUAA